UCGAGCUGGUGGUUGGAACUCCUGAAAGGUCCGGGUUCCCUCAGGUGUCUCCCAGAUCGGUUUGGCGCGCUGCGCCGGGGGACAAAGGAGGAAAGGGGCAACAGUAAGUGCUCCCCUCAAUUGUGUGAGUCAGAGAUAGAGUAUUUCUCUCCCUCCAGGCAGCUGCCCAUACUUAUUGGGCCCGCCCCCUUCCUGGCCUUAACUGCUUUUUCCCUGCCCCGCACCUUUCCUGUCGGGAACCCCCUCCAUACCUUUUGUUCUGCAGUUGAGCCCCUGAAAAGGCUAUGAAGCUUGUGAGGAAGGACAUUGAGAAGGACAAUGCGGGCCAGGUGACUCUGGUCCCCGAAGAGCCCGAGGACAUGUGGCACACUUAUAAUCUAGUGCAGGUAGGAGACAGCUUGCGCGCCUCCACCAUCCGCAAGGUACAAACCGAGUCCUCCACGGGUAGCGUGGGAAGCAACCGGGUCCGCACUACUCUCACACUCUGCGUGGAAGCCAUCGACUUUGACUCUCAAGCCUGCCAACUGAGGGUUAAGGGGACCAACAUCCAAGAGAAUGAAUAUGUCAAAAUGGGGGCUUACCACACUAUAGAGCUGGAGCCCAACCGCCAGUUCACCCUGGCAAAGAAACAGUGGGACAGUGUGGUUCUGGAGCGCAUCGAGCAAGCCUGUGAUCCAGCUUGGAGUGCUGAUGUGGCAGCUGUAGUUAUGCAGGAAGGCCUUGCCCAUAUCUGCUUAGUCACUCCCAGCAUGACCCUCACCCGGGCCAAGGUGGAGGUGAACAUCCCUAGGAAACGGAAAGGCAACUGCUCACAGCAUGACCGAGCCUUAGAGCGGUUCUAUGAGCAGGUGGUUCAAGCCAUCCAGCGCCACAUAAACUUCGAUGUUGUAAAGUGUGUUCUGGUGGCCAGCCCAGGAUUUGUGCGAGAGCAGUUCUGCGACUACAUGUUUCAACAAGCAGUGAAGACGGACAACAAAGUUCUCCUGGAAAAUCGGUCUAAAUUCCUUCAGGUACAUGCCUCCUCUGGACACAAGUAUUCCCUGAAAGAGGCCCUUUGUGACCCUUCUGUAGCUAGCCGCCUUUCAGACACUAAAGCUGCUGGGGAAGUAAAGGCCUUAGAUGACUUCUAUAAAAUGUUACAACAUGAACCUGACCGAGCUUUCUACGGACUCAAGCAGGUGGAGAAGGCCAAUGAAGCCAUGGCAAUUGACACAUUGCUCAUCAGUGAUGAGCUCUUCAGGCAUCAGGAUGUUGCCACACGGAGUCGGUAUGUAAGGCUGGUGGAUAGUGUGAAAGAGAAUGCAGGCACAGUCAGAAUAUUCUCUAGUCUUCAUGUAUCUGGGGAGCAGCUCAGCCAGUUGACUGGAGUGGCUGCCAUUCUCCGAUUCCCUGUCCCUGAACUUUCUGACCAAGAGGAUGAUUCCAGUUCUGAAGAGGAUUAGUGAUUGAAACUUGAGACAACCUGUGUUUGACUUCUUCACUGUGACAUUCAUCUUGACAUACCUAUGACAAGCUCCAAGAGUGGCAUUUUUUGAUUCGUGCUUGUAUUUUUCACAUACUGGGUAACACUUGGUGUUUCAUGGUUUGCAGAGCAUGUGUUCAAACUAAAUAAUAAACUAAAAUGAAGUAAUCCUCAUGUGCUACUAUCUUUACUAAUUAGAAUUUUUAUCUGUAGUAUGUAGAAAAAUUUUGUGUGUAAUAAAAAUACUUAAAUUGGGUUACAUCAUAAAAUCCCAUUAUUGUGUGCUUUAAGGUAGUGUUCCUAAGAAAAGUUUAUUCUCUCAUUAUCCUAAGUUUACAUUAUUUAUAUACAGUGUUCUUGCAUUUUAUGUAUUUAUCCCUUUUCUCCUGGCCUCUUACACACUCCCAGUUACUUUUUUAGAUUUUAAUGUAUUUGCUAUUUUAAAUGAAAUCAAUUAAUAAACUUUAAGAUGUUUAUUUUUUUCUUAAGAGAUUUGUUAAACCAGACAUGUUAAAAAUAUUCUUAGUGCAUUUUUGUUGCUCAGUUUAACCAUAUUUGCUUUAGAGAACCACUUAAUUAUUUUAAGAACAUAGAACUUUGAUUUACUAGAUUUUCAAUUGAGGCCUGUCUUUAAAAAUAAAACUAAAGUAUGUGUUUUGCUUUAUAUGUGUCUAAUUAGUGGCAAAGCUGGAAGCAGACUCUAUUCUGAAUUUCUAGUUCUUUGCAAUGAAACAUUGCCAUAGUAUUUUUUAAAAAUGUAUAUAUUUAGGAUAUCCACAUAGUAUUUACUUCUGUUUCAUAUUUGUAUGUGGGAUUGCUCUGUGCUUGCACAUUCUUUCUGGACUAUCCUGGGUAUGAAAAAGCAUAUUCAAAUAAUAGAAUAAGUUACUUCAUAAUAGCUAUACUCCAGUUCUCUUUACUAUAAUUGUUAUUUGUGCAAAUAUCUCAGAGCUUAAAAUAUGUUUUAUUAAGUUUGUUUUGAUUUGUUGAGAAAGGAUCUUGAAGUGCAGUUCCUGCUGAUCUUAAAAUUUACUGUGUAUCCCAAGCUAGUCUUAAAUUCACAGUGAUGUUGCCUCAGCCUCAUGCCUUGGAUUACAGGCAUGCACUGCCACAUCUAGCUUAUUAAAUAUUUUUGUUGUUUAUUUCUAAGAGUUAUGAAAGGAGCUUUGGGGGAUGGAAAUGCAUCUUGAUCUUUUACAAACCUCAGCUUGUCAAAAUAAUUAGGAAAGGUCUUAGAAUAGCAUUAAUUUCUAACCCUUAAAUCAGUGAUACCUACCUCAAGUAGGGAUACUAAGUAUACUUUUGUUUGUAUUUUAUGUGUAGUCUUUCUUCAUGCUAUCGCAGGUUAGAGAUUAUUUUGAUAAACUUAGUAGUCAGAACCUUUCUGAUGUUAGAGUCUGACACUUUAAAAUCACAUAUCUAUUUUUUUACCUCCUAAAAAAUAAUUCAGAUUGUCAUUUCACUAUAAGUCCAUGAAUAUAAAAUAUAAAAUCCUAAAUAUAUUAAAAAUAUUUUAUGAAAUAAUUUAGAAAUAUAGAAGGAAAGCCAAUACAAUUAUUAAAGUUAAAAUCUGUUCAUUUGAACUUAAUUUUUAGACAUCUGUCGUAAUCUGUACAGUACUGAAAUAAAAUCUUAAUAAAUAGAACCAGUGCAUUUUAGGACAGAAGUUCUUGAACUUUACUAUCUGUUAGCUUUUUGUUCUGAGUUCUUAAAUGGCACCCAAACUAGACCUUUUCAUGGAAGUGCUGCUUUUUGUUCAGAUUGUUUUUUUUUUUUUUAAACAGGUAUUUAGGUGACUCCAGUAGUCCUCAAAGCUAAAAACUACUGAUUGAAAUCUUUCGAUUCAAAAUGGAAGUCCAUUGUCCAGCACCAUCCUUGAGAAUUAGCAGGGCCCAGGGCACUACUGAGUGAUAGUCUUCUUGUAUCAACAUCUCUAUGUGAUUGCAUAAUAAAAUGUGUUACAAACAUAGGCAGUAGCUUAUUUUUCCAUGGCUGGGAAAUUUGACUGGGGUCAUCAGUCAUAGGGAAAACUAAAUUUGGAUUUUUAGAUCUUUCGAAAGAGUUAACUAGCCAUCUAUUAAACCUGUAAUAAAAAAUUUUUUUUAUAGGUAUGAAUUGUUUAAUUUAAAAUUUUUAUGUAUCUUUUAAAAGCCAUUUUUUUACAUCAUUAUCAAGAGUGUAUUUCUCACUGGCUUAUAAGGAAAAAUAGCAAGAUAAUAAGAGGGAAGAAAAUAAAUUCUAGUUUUGUUUUGUUUCACUUUUUUAAAAAUAAGCUGUAAAUCUUUGAAAAUCAUAUGUAUUAGUCUAAUUCCAACUGCUGUACCUUAACAUUGUGGAAUGUGUGUGAUGGAUCAUUAUCAAUAAUAUUUUAACUUCAAAUAUACUGUAAGUUUCCAUUUCUCAUUAGAUUCCUGGUAUAAAGAUUUGCUACCUCCCAGACUCAAUAAAUGAGAAGCACGGAAA